GCUAGCUUAGCAACAAUACAAUGAGUUUGUUAAAAGUAGUUUUUGUUUGGUGCAUAUGGUUAGGGUUAUUUGAGUUAUCAUUAGCAAAAGUGAGACACUACAAGUUUGAUGUGGAAUACAUAUAUAAAACGCCAGAUUGCUUAGAGCAUGUUGUGAUGGGAAUCAAUGGCCAAUUUCCAGGCCCAACUAUUAAAGCUGAAGUUGGUGACACCCUUGACAUUGCACUCACCAACAAGCUUCAUACAGAGGGAACUGUUAUUCACUGGCAUGGAAUCAGACAGAUUGGAACUCCUUGGGCUGAUGGAACUGCAGCAAUCUCUCAGUGUGCUAUAAAUCCAGGAGAAACUUUUCAUUACAGAUUCAUUGUUGACAGGCCUGGUACAUAUUUCUAUCAUGGACACUAUGGUAUGCAAAGAGCAGCAGGGUUGUAUGGUUCUCUAAUAGUGGAUUUACCAAAGAACCAAAGAGAGCCAUUUCAUUAUGAUGGUGAGUUCAAUCUGCUCCUUAGUGAUCUGUGGCACACAAGUUCACAUGAACAAGAGGUUGGCCUCUCUUCUGCCCCAAUGAGAUGGAUUGGUGAACCACAGAGCUUGCUUAUCAAUGGAAGAGGACAGUUCAAUUGUUCCCUAGCAGCUAAUUUCGUGAACACUACCCUGCCUCAAUGCAAUUUCAAAGGUGGUGAAGAAUGCGCACCCAAGAUUCUCCAAGUAGCGCCAAAAAAGACCUAUAGAAUAAGGAUUGCUAGUACAACGUCCUUAGCUUCUCUCAACUUGGCCAUUUCAAAUCACACACUUGUUGUGGUGGAAGCAGAUGGAAACUACGUGCACCCAUUCACGGUUGAUAGCAUAGACAUCUACUCAGGUGAAACCUACUCAGUACUCUUACAUACAGACCAAGACCCAAGCCAAAACUACUGGCUCUCAGUCGGCAUUAUAAGCAGAAAAUCAGACACACCACAAGCCCUAACAAUCCUUAACUAUAAUACAAAUCCUGCUUCAACUUUCCCUAUAUUACCACCACCAAUCACUCCCUUAUGGGACGAUAUCGAGCGCAGCAAAGAAUUCACAAAACAAAUCAUUUCCAGAAUGGGAACACCACAGCCACCAAAAACCGCAGACCGCUUGAUUUACCUCCUCAACACACAAAGCAAAAUAGGUAAUUUCAUUAAAUGGGCUAUUAACAAUGUUUCAUUAACAUUGCCAACAACACCGUACUUAGGAGCAAUCAAAUAUAAACUAAACAAUACAUUUGAUAGAAAUCCACCACCAGAGAGAUUCCCAUUGGAUUUCGAUAUAUUUAAAACUCCGGUUAAUCCAAGUACAAUAACCGGUAACGGUGUUUACACGUUUCAGUUGAAUGAGGUUGUUGAUGUGAUACUACAAAAUGCAAACAUGUUGAAAGAGAAUACUAGUGAAGUUCAUCCAUGGCAUUUACAUGGACAUGAUUUUUGGGUUUUGGGAUAUGGUGAAGGGAAAUUUGAACCAGGUGUUCAUCAGAAAAGUUUGAAUUUAACACGUGCGCCUUUGAGGAACACUGCAGUUAUAUUUCCGUAUGGUUGGACUGCAUUAAGGUUUAAGGCAGAUAACCCUGGUGUUUGGGCAUUUCAUUGUCACAUUGAACCACAUUUGCAUAUGGGAAUGGGUGUUAUUUUUGCUGAAGGUGUUCAUAAAAUUAGGAAAGUACCUACAGAAGCUCUUACUUGUGGUGCUACAGCCAAGAUGUUCCUAAACGAUACCCUACACUAAGACUAGUUACUCAUGUCAAACCCUAAUUUCCUAAGAGUGUUUUUCUUUCUUUCUUUCUCCUCUUUCUAAGUUAUCAUCAGAUUAUGGGUGGUUUUGCUGUAUCAAUGUUAUGUUAUGCUAUGUAUUGUUUCUAUUGUAUUAUUAGGCCAUUCGUCUUCAUGAAUAAUAUGUAGGG